UUUGAGGAACCACAUGCGCACACAUACUGGAGAGAAGCCCUAUGCCUGUGCCCAUUGUUCCUAUCGGGCAAUACAGAAAGUGGCUCUGAAAAGUCACAUGUUAACGCACCACCCAGAUGUGAAUACAAUGUGAGGCUGAGCUCAGGCUAUGAGAUGGCAGUUGGGAGAGGCACCACAGGAGGUGAAAAGACCACACCUUCUGUCGCCAAGUUGCGUCAAUGUCCAUUCUGCCCCUACGCCACUACUGUCACAACUAAUCUCAAGAACCAUUUGUGCACUCAUACAAAAGAAAAACCAUAUGCGUGUGAUCGUUGUUCCUACAGUGCAGUAACAAAACAGACUCUGGAAGAUCAUAUUCGAACCCAUACUGGAGAAAGACCUUUCUCAUGUCCAUACUGUCCUUAUAAUGCCAUCAAUAAAAAGAGGUUAAAAAGACAUGUUAUAAAACAUUCAGUAAACACUCUGGAUUUCUGAACCUUUUUCCAGCACAACUAGAUGAACCUAAAAAGGAAAUCGGCUUUUGUGGCCUGUGAGAUGUUAACAUAAGUCUUUGACUACAAGUAGCUCAGUCUUAUGCUGAAUAUAAUAAUAGACAUUUUACUUUGAUUUACUAGCUCAAGAGAAGCAAGUUUAAGAAGCAUUUAUGUUUGAUUUAAAAUGUUAGAAAAUGGUAGAUGGUUGAUGAAAUUUGCAUCCAGUAUUUUCUGUUCAGUUGUAUUUAAUUUAUUGAUAAAUAGAUUUUGUUAAAUUUUAAUUCUUAAAUAAAAUUCUGUUGCAAACUUGAAAAGUAGUUAUAAGAUAAUUUGUAGUUAUUGUUACAAACUUCGUCAGUAAGUAGUUAACUGAUGUUAAGCCAUUUUUGCAGUUAAAAACCUUUAAUACAAGUUCAGAAUUUUGUUAAGAAAAAUGUAAUAUCUAAUGCAUAGAAAUUUGAUUUACUUAAUCAAAAUGGAAUUAUUUAUCCCACUGGUGAUAUCUGUUGAAGCUCACAAAGUAAGUUUUUAGUGAAACCAUAUUGUUGUCAUCACAAAUUUUCAAUAGCGUUGGCAUUUUAAGAGUUUUUAGUAGGAGCUUCUCUUUUUGGGUUAUAUAAAGAAAAGUAACUAAAAUUCAAGAAUUAUUUGCAGUGAUAAGAUAUAACACUGUUACAAAUAUUUGAAUAGUUAUAUCAUAUUCUUCUUGUUCUUAUUACAGAGUUUAGCAUAGUAAAGAGAAAGGAAUAUAUUGUUUAGAUAUUACAAUAUCUUGCUGUGAAAUGUAUCAAUGAAAUAAAAAGUAUAUAUUAUU